AUGCUGGCUUUGGCUGCUCGUCCUGCGUUGGCCGGGAAAAGCGGUGUGCCUCGCGUGGUGGGAGCUUCUUGUCGCCGAUUUUCCUCCCGCACUGUGAACCUGGCAUGGCCUGAUGGCCGGCCUGCAGGUUCCUUUCUUCCUAAGUUCCUGCGGGAGAACACGGUGGAGGCCUGGGACGUGUCAUCGAAGCAGCGCUUGGACUUCUGCCUCCACGCUGACCUCCAGGUCACGGAGGUGCAGGCGGAGGGCCGGGCGUUUCGCCUCUGCUUCUCGGACGGCCACGUGGGCACCUUCUUGCCGCCGCGCCCGGCGCCGGAGAUGUGGUCCCAGGGGCUGAUGAACAAGCCACGGACCUUGUGGGGCAGCAGCAACACUGCGGCGGUCCAAGAAGAGCUCGAGCGCGGCUCCUUGCGCUUUGAGUGGGAAGAACUCAUCCAGGACAGCUCUUCGGCAGCAAGACGCUGGAUUGAGGCCAUGCACAGCCACGGCGUGGCUCUGGUGGCCGGCCUACCUCAGGAUGCGCAGGCUAUGCAGGGCUUUGCUGCGGCUUUGGGCACCUAUUUGGUUCCCACCGUCUACGGAGAGACAUUCCAGAUCCAGUCGGUUUCCGAGCCCAACAACCUCGCGUACUCCAGCCUGGGCCUUCAGAUGCACACGGACCUGCCCUUCUACUCGUUACCUCCAAGCCUUCAGCUCUUCCAGUGCCUGCGCCAGGCCGAGGGGGGGCUGUCGCUGGCGUUGGAUGGCUUUGACGCCGCCCGCGCGCUGCGCGCGGCGCCCGGCGGGGAGGAGGCCUUCAAGGUGCUCUGCAGCGAGCAGCUCCGAUUCCAGGACAUCACCAACGACUGGUUCUUAAGCGCGGACCAUCCCACUUUGCUGCUCUCUCCCGACUCCGAGCGCGACCCGAUCCAGCGACUCCAACGUGUCCACUUCAACGAACGCAGCAGGGACUCCUGGCGUCAGUGGCUGCCCAACCAGCCGCAGGCCAGCCGCAUUUACGAGGCGUUGCACCUCUACGAGCAGCUGGUGGAAGAGAGGUCUCGCUACGUCUCGCUUCACCUGGCGCCCGGCGAGAUGAUUUGCACCGACAACUGGCGAGUGAUGCACUCACGCACCAGCUUCACAGGCAGCAGACACUUCGUGGGCGGUUACCUGGACUGGGACGCAGUGCGUGCGCGCUGGCGGGCGCUGGCCGGUCUCUGGCAGGGCCAAAACCAGCUGAUCCAGGACUGA